AUAAAAAAUCUCAAACAGAUACUAACUCUGAUAUUAAUUCUAUGUCUAUUUUUAGAAUCUAUGAAGAGGUAUCUGACGUUGGUGAGUCGCGCUUAUCAGUAGAGUUUGAUGAAAGCCAAAUAAAAGGCCGAGAAAAUAGUGAAAAUUUAGAAUACUUCACUAGCGCGAUUACGGAAUUACUUUUACAAUUAGAAAAUCAAAAAGAGGAAAUAUUCGCUUAA